AUGCUGUUAAGAGGCGCCCUCCUGAUGCUGCAAGCCCUUCAGCUUGCCAGAGCCCUGGACCUGCCCGCUGGGUCCUGCGCCUUUGAGGAGAACACUUGCGGCUUUGACUCGGUGUUUGCGUUCCUGCCCUGGAUUUUAAAUGAGGAAGGCCAUUACAUUUAUGUUGACACCUCAUUUGCCAAGCAAGGGGAGAAGGCUGUGCUGCUAAGUUCUGAUUUACAGGCUGAGGAAUGGAGCUGCCUCCGCUUGGUCUACCAGAUAACUGCAUCUUCAGAGUCUCUAUCAAAUCCUAGCAAGUUGAGCCUCUUUGCCAGAUUUGAACAUGAAAGCUUUGACCGCUUGCUUUGGUCAACUAAAGAAGCUUCAGACAGUUGGCUCAUAGCCAGCCUGGAUUUGCAAAACAGUCCCAAGAAAUUCAAGAUUUUAAUAGAAGGUGUCCUAGGGCAGGAGAACACAGCCAGCAUUGCACUCUUUGAAAUCAAGAUGACAACCGGCUACUGUAUUGAAUGUGACUUUGAAGAAAACCAUCUCUGUGGCUUUGUGAACCGCUGGAAUCCCAACGUGAACUGGUUCGUUGGAGGAGGAAAUAUUCGGAACUCCCCCUCCAUCCUUCCCCAUGACCACACCUUCAAAAGUGAACUGGGCCACUACAUGUACGUGGACUCGAUUUACGUCAAGCACUUCCAGGAGGUAGCUCAGCUCAUCUCUCCAAUGACCACAGUCCCCAUGUCUGGCUGCCUGUCAUUUUAUUAUCAACUUCAGCAGGGGAAUGACAAUGUCUUUUCCCUUUACACUCGGGAUGUGACCGGCCUGUAUGAGGAGAUCUGGAAGAUGAGCAGUCCAGGGAACACAGCCUGGGCCCUUGCAGAGGUCGAGUUCAGUGCACCGUAUCCCAUGGAGGCUAUUUUCGAAGUUGCUUUCAAUGGUCCCAAAGGCGGGUAUGUUGCCCUGGAUGAUAUUUCUUUUUCUCCUGUUCACUGCCAAAAUCAGACAGAACUUCCUUUCAGUGUUGUGGAAGCAAGUUGCAAUUUUGAGGAAAAUUUCUGCAACUUUUACCAAGAUAAAGAAGGCCUGGGCUGGAGCCGAGUGAAAGUGAAACCAAAUAUGUAUCGAGCUGGAGACCACACUACAGGAGUAGGGUCUUACUUGCUGGCCAACACCAAGUUUACAUCUCAGCCUGGCUACAUCGGAAGGCUCUACGGCCCCUCCCUGCCAGGAAACUUGCAGUAUUGUCUGAGUUUCUAUUAUGCCAUCUAUGGGUUUUUAAAAAUGAGUGACACCCUGGCAGUUUAUAUCUUUGAAGAGAACCAUGUGGUUCAGGAGAAGAUCUGGUCUGUGUUGGAGUCCCCAAGGGGUAUUUGGAUGCAAGCUGAAAUCACCUUUAAGAAGCCCAUGCCUACCAAGGUCGUUUUCAUGAGCCUGUGCAAGAGCUUCUGGGACUGUGGUCUUGUAGCCUUGGAUGACAUUACUAUACAACUGGGAAGCUGCUGGUCUCCAGAGAGGCCUCCACCUCCACCUGGAGAGUGUACUUUUGAACAAGAUGAAUGUGCCUUUACUCAGGAGAGAAGAAACCGGAGCAGCUGGCACAGGAGAAGAGGAGAGACUCCCACCUCCUACACAGGACCAAAGGGAGAUCACACUACUGGGGUAGGCUACUACAUGUACAUCGAGGCCUCCAAUAUGGUGUAUGGGCAAAAGGCACGCCUCUUGUCCAAGCCUCUGCGGGGAGUGACCGGGAAACACUGUUUGACCUUUUUCUACCACAUGUAUGGAGCAGGGACUGGCCUGCUGAGUGUUUAUUUGAAAAAGGAACAUGACAGGGAAGAGUCUCUCUUGUGGAGAAGAAGAGGGGAGCAGAGUAUUUCCUGGCUCCGCGUGCUGAUUGAGUACCGUUGUGAGAGGCAACACCAGAUAAUUUUUGAAGCCAUUCGUGGAUUAUCAAUAAGAAGUGAUAUUGCUAUUGAUGAUAUUAAGUUUCAGGCAGGACCCUGUGCAGAAAUUGAAGAUACAACUCAGCAAUCAUCAGGAUAUUCUGAGGACUUAAAUGAAAUUGAAUAUUGAGAAGUGGAUUGAAUCAGAUUAAGAAAGUAAACAAAAGCUGUACCUCGCUUCAAUCAAAAUGAAAACAAAACAAGUGAAUACUGGACAAUUCCUAAGUUAUUAAAUGACUUGGGAGCACCCUUCUUCAUUACUUUGGCAAAAUAUAAUGACUCAGGGCUUUUUUUUUUUUUUUUUUUGUAUAUGACAACUGUUACUAGAAGUACAGGCUGUUGGUUUUGCGUAGAUCAUUCAUCUUUUAGUGUUUGUACCAUUUAAAAAAUACAAUCUUACUAUAUGGUAGUCAUUUUAAAGUACACAAAUAAAGGGCACAAUCAGAAUGACAGGUGCUUACUUAAGUCUGCAUUCAGUGAAUGUAUUGGAAGAAUAGCUCUUGUGGGUUUCCUUUUGAAUUUCAGGUGUCAUAAAUAAUUUUAAAGUAAGUAAUGUGAGGUGUCGGUAAUUCUGCAGAUUGAAUGCAGUUUUUUAUGGUAACAAGUCAGUUUGAGAAAAUAAAGCCUUAUUAUCUAUGGUUUUUUGUAGAAAGAGAAUAUUGAUGCUUUACCUUUUCACCAUCUGUGAUAACAAAGAAUCUUUCUUGAAUGUCCCAGAGUACAUCGAUAUUAAUGCUGCAUUCCAAGGCAAUGCUACCUUCUUUUUCUCUUUUGAACCACUUUUGAGAGUCAUAAUAAGCACUUGGAUAAAAAUUGCACUCUGUUUUGGUAAGGGAAGCUUGAAAAUGUUUAUGCACGCACAUCCAGUGAUUUUUUUUAUCAACAUGUUAAACAAUUUUUACUGAUUUUUAAAAAAUAUAUGCUUGGAAAGAUUUAGAGAUAUAUUAAUGCAAGCAGGACUACUGCUUUCUUUCUAUUAACAUGUUCCAAAAAUUGUAUGUGCAUUUUUGUGAACGAAGAUGGCUUUUAUGAAAUUAUAAAAGUACUUAAUAAAGAGAAAUUUGAAAUCCU